ACCAGCCCCAGGCACAUUUGUUUCUUCUUCCUCAUCCAAUCACAGAAACAAAUCAAAAAUAAUCAUCCAAUCACAGAAACAAACCAAAAAUACUUAACUAUCUUAUUCCUCAUCCAAUUAAAGAAACAAACCGAAAAUACUUACCGUAUUCUUCCUCAUUUUUUUUCCCCUUAAACUGAAAAUCCCCUCAACUUUCGUUUGGAGACGAACCCAGGAGCUGGGUUCACGGCGAACCUAGUGCCUGGGCUCUGAGACAAACCCAGGGGCUUGUCAACUUUUGAGACGAGCAGCUAGGGUCAUAUGCGAUAUGCCACUACCAGUUCCAUGGCGUCCCUACAACAGCUCAACAUGGUACUGGUGUUGCCACUGCUCUCACACUCUUUCCACCACCACCACCAACCUUCUAUCACCAAAAGAAACGCCAACCGUCCCAUUAACAGGCGCUCUUCGCGCUUUAUCUUCAAGCCUAGAUCAUCUCUUUCUCUUUCCUCCCAAACAUCGAAAACAGAGACACCCUCUACCUCAGCCUAUGAAUUUCCUCUCCAAUUGAUAACCAACCUUUGCCAGUCCAGAAACCUCGCCGAUGCUUUGAUUCUUUUGCAAGAUAACUCUCAAGAUGCCAUUGGAAGUGAUACUCUCAGUUCGUUACAGAGGAAAGAAGCCAUGGGGUUAUUGUUACAGGCCUGUGGCCAACACAAGGACAUAGAAACCGGCAGAAAAAUCCAUGAGAUGGUAGCAACAUCGAACCAAUUUAGCAAUGAUUUUGUUCUGAAUGCCCGUUUGAUUACCAUGUACUCGAUGUGCGGGUCUGCAUUGGAUUCCCGUUCGGUUUUCGAUAGUUUAAAGAAGAAGAAUUUGUUUCAGUGGAAUGCAAUGGUUAGUGGGUACACAAGAAAUGAGCUUUAUGAAGAUGCACUGAUGAUGUUUGUGGAGCUGGUAUCGAAUACGGGGUUUAAACCGGACAAUUUCACUCUGCCUUGUGUAAUUAAGGCUUGUGGAGGGAUUUUGGAUGUGAGUUGCGGGCAGGCGGUUCAUGGGAUGGCGGUGAAGAUGGGUUUACUUGGGGAUGUGUUUGUGGGUAAUGCUUUGGUGGCGAUGUAUGGGAAGUGUGGAUUUGUGAAUAAGGCGAUGGAUGUGUUUGAUUUUAUGCCUGAGAGAAACGCGGUUUCCUGGAAUUCAAUAAUUUGUGGGGUUUCUGAGAAUGGGUUUUUUAGGGAUGGUUUGGAGUUGUUUAGGGAGAUGAUGGCAUGUGAGGAAGGUGUAACACCGGAUGCUGCUACACUUGUGACCAUCUUGCCAGUUUUUGCAGGGGAAGGAGAUGCAGGAAUGGGAACGUUGGUUCAUGGCUUGGCAGUGAAAUUGGGGCUGAAUCAGGAACUAAUGGUGAAUAAUGCCUUAACUGACAUGUACUUAAAGUGUGGCUACUUAUCUCAAGCCAAAAUCUUAUUUGCUAGGACUGAUAACAAAAAUGUGGUUUCUUGGAAUACAAUGAUUGGGGGUCUUUCUACACAAGGGUAUAAUAACGAGACAUUUGAUCUUCUGCGAAAAAUGCAGAUGGGAGGGGAUGAACUGAAGGCAAAUGAAAUUACCAUAUUGAAUGUGCUGCCAGCCUGUUUGGAGAAGUCGGAAUUGCUUUCCUUGAAGGAACUUCAUGGUUACUCAUUUAGACAUGGUUUUGAAUAUGAAGAAUUGGUAGCCAAUGCUUUAAUUGCAGCCUAUGCAAAAUGUGGCUCACUGUACUCUGCUGAGCAUGUCUUUAAUUGUAUUGAUAAAAAGACUGUAAGCUCUUGGAAUGCACUGAUUGGUGGAUAUGCACAGAGUGGUAAUCCUUGGAAAGCUUUGGAUUUUUACCUCCAAAUGGCAAAUUCUGGUUUAAGACCUGAUUGGUUUAGCUUAGGUAGCCUACUUUUGGCUUGUGCCCAUCAGAAAUCUCUCUACCAUGGCAAACAGAUUCAUGGAUACUUGCUACGAAAUGGAUUAGAAAUUGAUCCGUUCCUUGCUAUAUCACUAGUGUCACUUUAUAUUCAUUGUGGCAAAUCAGCUUCUGCACAAAUAUUGUUUGAUAAGAUGGAAGAUAAAAGCUUGGUGUCUUGGAAUGCUAUGAUUGCAGGCUACUCACAGAAUGGACUUCCAGAUGAAGCCCUUGUUCUCUUCCGUCAAAUGAUUUCCUAUGGAAUUCAACCUCAUGAAAUUGCCAUAAAUAGUGUCUUUGGGGCUUGUUCACAGCUAUCAGCUUUGCGGCUUGGAAAAGAAGCACAUUGUUAUGCUUUGAAAGCUCUCCUCAUGGAAGAUGUAUUUGUUGGUUGUUCAAUCGUGGACAUGUAUGCAAAGAGUGGCUGUCUACAACAAUCUCAAAAGGUUUUUGAUAUGUUGAGGGAAAAAGAUGUAGCAUCAUGGAAUGCUAUGAUUCUGGGGUAUGGAAUUCAUGGACAUGGAGAAGAGGCAGUGGAGCUAUAUGAAAAGAUGCCGACAUUUGGUUAUAAGCCUGAUGCUUUCACUUUUAUUGGUCUUUUAAUGGCAUGCAUCCAUUCUGGAAUGGUUGAAGAGGGGUUGAAGUAUUUUGACCAGAUGCAAAACUUUCACAGAUUGAAGCCCAAAUUAGAGCACUAUGCAUGUGUUGUGGAUAUGCUAGGACGUGCUGGACGACUGAAUGAAGCUUUAAGGCUCAUAAAAGAGAUGCCUGAGGAACCAGAUGCACGAAUCUGGAGUUCGUUACUCAGUUCUUGUAGAUCCUAUGGUGCUGUGGAUAUGGGGAAGAAAGUUGCUGAAAAGUUGAUGAAUUUGGAGCCUAGUAAAGCAGAGAAUUAUGUCCUACUCUCAAAUUUAUUUGCUGGAUCAGGGAAAUGGGAUGAUGUGAGAAGAGUAAGGCAAAAAAUGAAGGAGAAUGGCCUGCAGAAAGAUCCUGGCCGCAGUUGGAUUGAACUUGGGGGAAAAGUUUAUAGUUUUAUUGUUGGUGAUGGCUUGUCACCAAACUUAGAAGAGAUCCGUCAUAUGUGGAGAAUAUUAGAGGAAAAAAUAAAGAGAAUUGGAUAUAAACCCCACACAGAUUCUGUGUUACAUGAACUAGGAGAAGAGCAGAAGAUUGAAGUAUUGCGAGGGCACACCGAGAAACUAGCGAUUUCUCUUGGCUUGUUGAGGACAGCUAAAGGUGAAACACUGAGGGUGUGCAAGAAUCUGCGCAUUUGUGUAGACUGUCACAAUGCAGCUAAGUUGAUAUCAAAGGCAGUUGAAAGGGAAAUAAUCAUUAGAGACAACAAGCGUUUUCAUCAUUUCAAAAAUGGAUUUUGUUCUUGUGGAGACUAUUGGUAAUGGAAAAUGAAGAACACAGCAAGAGAGUACUUGCAGCACAAGUGCACAGAUAAUUUCUUCUGUCCUGCCAGUUACUCCAAGCAAUAUGCAAUCAUACUUUUCGAUAAGCAAUCAUAUGUGUGUUUUUCAUUGUUCCUUCGAGAAUUUCCAUCCUAGCAAAUUUAAUGCCCAUAAUGCCUCGUGUGUCACAGGAUGAGUUAUUUAGUUUAGGUAGAAAUUUCAUAAAUUGAAUAAGUUAGAAAAAUCUAUCCCACAAUAAAAUUGUUCCAACUCAACAAUUUUACUGAUUUCUUGUUGAGUUGGUACAUUUUAAGGGGACGGCAUGUAUGUAUCCUUGUUAAUUGUGAUACUCUAGACUUUCUUGAUAAGUUGAGAGCUGGAUUUACCUCCCAAAAUUUUAGGACUGAAUUGUCGAGGGAAAAAGUUGAGGAGCUUAUAUGUAAGUUUUCCUUUAUAGGGAUCUUGGUUUAGAAUUUUUUUUUCUUGUUUCCCGAAAAUGCUAUGGUAAGCAUAAGCAUGCAAUAUAAUUUGCUCAUUUCA